UCAAGGAACAAAGAAGCAGCAACCGGUACUUAGAGAUUUACUGCCUUUUCUUUUGUGAUCGUUAAAAUGGAGGAAAAUAGCAGUAAUGGAGUUGAAGAACAAGAAUCCGCUAACAAAGAAGCAGCGUAUGUACCUGUUCUUAAUCCAUCAAUACCAUCCGGUGAGCAGACAGUUUGGGCCGACGUUUCGUCCCUUCUCGAUUCGGCUCGUAAUGAUCUUCGAGAUGGGGAGCUCAUUCAUGGAGAGAAUUUUAAUCUUUUUGCAGCCAUGUCUGCUUUGGAGAUAAUGGACCCAAAGAUGGAUUCAGGCAUUGUUUGUAGAUAUUAUUCAGUUGAUGAAGCCAUUGAGGAUGGUGCGGCACCAAUCCCUUUGAGUCUGAAUAAAACAGUAGAUGUUCAUUGCAUAAUCGAUGUCAUGGAUCAUCUGCUUUCAUGUGAGGCAACUUGGCACAAGGGUCAUUCGCUGGCACAGACUAUUUUUUCUUGCAUUUAUCUUUUGAGACCUGAAAGAACGCCAUCACAUGCAUUGCUUCAUUCUUACUGUACAGUAAUCCGUUCAACAUGCAAUGCAAUUAUUUCAGCCGUUUCUGAUGCACGCACACAUGAGGAAGAAGAUCUAUUUACUAUUACAUCUGGUCUACCAUUGAAAAAGGAUGGUGAUGAAAAGUGCUUAUCCUUGCUAAAUGUAAUAGAAGAAACGGUUUCUCGCCAGUUGCAUGCUUGUAAAGCCCCAUCACAUAAGAAGAGAGCAAUAGAAGACAUAGAGCCGUUACAAACAAAUCUUGAUUUAGAAGAAGGAUAUUGCAAAGCUGUGUUAUGUCGUUUGCGCUUUCGUAAGCAUUUUUACCAUGUCCUGGUAUGUCUAAGGCGACCUCAAGGCAGGGGUUUGGAUUUAGCAAGAAAACAUAUAGCCUCUUGCUUAGUGGAGCUCCAAAGCAUUCUUAAAACGGCAGAAUUUCUUAGGUCGAACAGCAGAUAUGGAAUGUGUGAAGAUGGAAUGGAAGAUAGCAUGACUGCUUCUGGUUGUCAACCAAUUGGGUUUGAUUCCACUUUAAACAGUAGAUUAUCUGCUCCAACACCACCCCGUGCAAUCAAAAUUCUUUCCUGGAAGAAGGCUGUUGAAUAUUUUCAAAAGCUGCUUCAUGAUCUAGAAGCUAUCUGUUCACAUCCUCUAGAUCCAUCUUUUGAAGGUGUUUUGCGCUUUGUUGUAGAGUUCCAGAAAUUGCAACCGGAUUUGGUUGCUAGAUCUCAUUUACAGCUUCUACUAGUUCAAGAUGGGAAACUGUAUGGGCGUGAUCCUAUCUUUGAUGUGAUUUGUAAAGCUGCUGCAGUACCAGAAAUUACAAAGAUCCAUGACAUACAGAAAAACGAGUCUUUUGUCCAUCUUGGUCAGUUGGUGAUAACUUUGCUCAAAAUUUUGUGUACAAAUGCUGCUUGGCAAAGGCGUCAACUUGGGAAAGUUUUACAAGAUUGGCGUAUCAUACACAUGCAGCUAGAGCUUGCUCUUAGAAAGGAGUUUGAAGAAAGCUCAAGCACUUCAAUCGAUGAGAACUUAUGCAUGAAGAUCUACAAACACGUCCUUAAUUGGGUUGAGGAACAAACAUAUUGGAUAGCUUUUCGUUUCCUCAUCUUGGGUUUUGAACUGGAGCUUUAUUCCCCUAGCGAAUACUGCAUGGUGUAUUGGUAUUUAUAUGUUGUCUUGAUCAAGCUUGGCGAAAAAAUGCAUUUCAGGAUGAUCACAAGCACCGAGACUGGUAAGCGGAAGGGAAAGAAGAAAAAGGAAUCUGUGAAGGAUGUGGCAAGGGAUCAAUCAAUCCCACCUGCAGUAUUGUUGCUUCAGUGCCAUAUAUAUCUUGCCGAAGGGCUGACAUUGAUGAUUGCUGCUUUGAGAAAUGAACAUGGAAGUUUUCAGUGUCAGGGACCCUUUAACACCGAGCAAGAGAGAUUCAUUCAGCAUUUCGAGCUCCUACAGAGAGCUAGCAUUCCUGAUCACAUCUCAUACUACUCAUUUAGAGACUACACCACCCAUGCACAAUUCGAUAGCCUUGUUAUGUGUAAUUACUUUAAAGAAGCCCAGAGGAUUGCAAAGGAGCUGCGGAGUAGUUUCUCGAAUGAUGCAAACAAGUUGGCAGAACUUCGGCAUAUAGAGCAGGUUGCAGAACACAACGGUAUCGCCCUUAAUCUUGUAAGUCAAUUAGGGUCCCUUGAUCCAUCUCUCAAGGUUUCUUUUGAAUUUAACCAUCAUCCCCACUUUGCAACUGCUGUUGUGAAGAGAUCCUGAAUUUUGUUUUUAAUUCCAUUAUUUUUAUUAUUAUUAUUAUUAUUGUUGUCAUUACAUUCUAGUUUUGCAAAUAGAGUGUUAGCAGCAGCAACAUUUUAUGUCAUCUGUCUUCUUCUAUUAAAGAUGCAACUUCCACAAUUCAUGUAUAAUUUGUCAUGAACCAUGUAAUAUAGACUUGGUGUUUAUACAAAAG